AUGCCAAAGAAAUUUAAGGGAGAGAACACGAGAGUCACUGCGGCAAAGGAACGUAAAGCUGCACACCAGGCAGAAGUAACUAAAGUAAAACAAGCUGAAAAAGAACGCAAAGAUGCAGAAGAAUGGUCUGUAGGCUCAAAGGAUUCCUCUAAAAAAGAGUCACAGAAGGUUAAGAGGGGAGCACUAUUAGCCAAGAAGACCGAAGCUGCACGAUUGCUGGAACAAGAAGAAAACGAACUUUCAAAACAUAAACCAUUAUUAAAAUUGACAAAUAAGUCCGGCGAAGAGAAAAAAGCUAUAAAACGAACACAAGUUCAAGAGCAAGCAAGUGCAGAGCAUAGACAAGUCCCUGAGUUUUCUGCUUCUAAUAUCGAUGACGCUAUAGAUUUGAUGACCGUCGUCACAAGUUCAUCAACUGCUGUAGGAAGUGCUCCAAGACAGGCUGGAAGUGCCUUAAAUAUUGAAAAACAUCCAGAGAAACGGUUUAAGGCUGCUUUAGCCGCAUAUGAGGAACGCGAAAUGCCAAGGGUUAAAGAAGAAAAUCCAGGUUUGCGUUAUACACAAUAUCGGGAAAUUAUCUACAAAAAAUUUCAGAAAUCACCAGAGAAUCCUUUCAAUCAGGAAAAUAUUAUACGAUAUAAUUCUUCUAAACAUGUGCAAGAAACCUUGAUAGAAUCAACGAGAAAGGAUAUAGAAGAUAGGCUACGAUAUCUAGACGUCGAACCUAAUUUUGAUUCAAUUCCCGAACCUAAGCCAGGAUCAGUUGAACCGGGAACUGGAGUGAGAUUUGAAAAGCUUCCACUUCGCUCCCCUCAACACUAG